AAGCUCGAGAGACUUGUGUGUGAUAUCUUCUGAAAGCUGUAUGGGGAGGGUUGACAUCUUUGUUCAUGACUGUGUCAGCCAACAGGGGAGGGUCAGACCCUUCAGGAGAAUAAGUCAGAAGGGAUCCCUUUAUCUGGAGGCAAUGCCGGAACUCCCGGAAGUGCAGGCGCUGCGCGCAGCCAUUGAGCACCCGCUGAGGUUGCAGCCAUGGACCAAGUGUCGUCUUCCAUAGCCAAGUCAGUCCAGGGAGCCAACCAGUCCGAGACCCAGGACGCCCAGGACCAGCUCCUCCACCCCACCGGUGUCUUUCAGGUUGCAGAAAAGAUGGAAAAAAGGACAUGUGCACUCUGCCCCAAAGACAUCGAGUAUAGUGUCCUAUACUUUGCAAAAUCAGAGAAUAUAGCUGCUCAUGAAAAUUGUUUGCUGUAUUCUUCAGCUCUUGUGGAAUCUGAGGAUCAUGAUCCACAUAAUCAAGACAGAAAUUUUGAUGUGGAAUCAGUAAAGAAAGAAAUCCACAGAGGACGGAUGUUGAAAUGUUCAUUUUGUAGUAAAAAAGGAGCCACCGUGGGAUGUGAUUUAAAAGCCUGUAGCAAGACUUACCACUUUUUCUGUGCCAAGAAUGACCACGCAGUUCUACAAAUUGAUGGAUCUCGAGGAAUUUAUAAAGUGUUUUGCAAACAACAUGCUCCAUUGACCGACGCUCAUAAUGACCCACUCCCAGGAACGUCUGGUACCUUCCAUCCUCACUACAAUCAGAGGGCCAAACAAGGACGUGGACUGAAAAGAAAAAGAGGAAGGAAGAAAUGUCUCUCAAAAGACAUUCAUCCACCUGAAACGUUGACAUUCGAUAGAUUCAUGAAGGAAGAGGAAGGCAGACACACAGCUGUGAAGACUGGUUUUCUUAAGAAAUGUAAGGAAGCGGGGCUUCUUAAUGAUUUAUUUGAAGAAAUAUUAGACAAACUUCAUUUGAUUCAAGAAAGACUCAUGGGUGACACUGCUUCUGAUUCAGACCAUGAAGAAAUCGAGACUUCACUUUUUGACUGUAAAUUGUUUGAAGACACAUUUGUAAAUUUUCAAGCAGGAAUACAGAAGAAAAUCCAUCAAUGUGAAGAAUGGCAGAAGCAACUGAAUGACGAGAUUGGGGUACUUAAGGACUUAAACCAAACCGUGUGCCCUCUUCAAGGAGAUAGAGACAUGAUGUCAAGUUCUACUUCAGUAUCUUCUGUGUCUUCUAAGGAUUACCAUUUCCUAAAUCAGGAAUGAGGCUCAGUUGCAAGCAGGCUACAAACUGAAGACCUGACCUGUGGAAGCCACACAUCUUUAGAACUAGGCCUCUCCUGUCCCUCUGGACUUCAAGCUUCAAUCCUCAUCAACUCUUACCUGUUCUUGCUGAUUGACAUUUCAUUUGAUC